AUGCCAACUUCCAUCGACGACUGCCUCGACACCGACGAUGAAAUCGUCACCUACACCGACGACAACGGCAACAUUCUGGAAACCGUCAACUGCACAGCCCUUGCAAACAUGGAAACCUGGUACUUCCUGCCUUGCGAUGACGACUGCCAAAAAGACCUUAAGAAGAUCAUCCCUGGUGCUGUUGUCGAGAGUGGCGUUGCUGGCGGAUUGCUGCCUACUAUCUUGAACAAUCGCGGGUUGUGGAGCAGCAAUCCGGUUACUCAGACUGCUGUUGCGGAAUCAGCCGAAGAACAUCUCGCCGAAAAGGAAGAGAUAUUGAGAAGAGUCCGGGAAACCAACCCACCACCUGAAGUGCCCAACGAAGAGGUUGUACCAGAAGAUCCGAUGCAGCCACCUACCUCCCUGCCAGAACAAAUCGCCUCCAUGCAACGCAAGCUCGACAACGCCCUCGAAAGAGUCCGCUACACACUCAAGAAGUGGCAAGAAGUCAAGGAUAACCCUGCUUUCCGACCUUGGGAGCAAGAACAGCGCAGAGACCAGUGGCUCAAAGCAAGAAAGAAUUUGAAAAAGGUCAGAAAAGAAAUCCGCGAAAGGGGUCUUCCUGUCGACGACCCUGGUGCUGCUGAUCCAAGCGCUCCUGAUNNGCUGGACCUGCCAGACCGACUAAGCCUAUUGAUCCCGAAGAAGUCGCAAAAGCCCAGAAACGCGUUGACAAACUGCAAGAAAUCNGCCGACAAAGAUGCCCAGCGCGUCAGAGAACUCGACGAAGAGAUCCGCAACACACUGCACAACCGCCCUGACGCUUCAUCGCCAGAAGCCGUCGAAGCCUACGAAAAGUCACUGCAGAACCUCCAAAACAUGAAGCAGACGAGGUUGGAACAUCUGACUAAACUCAGAAAGCAGUUGAAAGUGGCGGACAGAGCGCUGAAAAAGGCAAAGGACUCUACAGAAACCGAUGAGCCGGACGAGGUCGAUGAACCCGAAGGGGUCGACGAAGAUCCCGAAAGCGAUGACUCUCCUGACGGCGACGACUCUGAUGAUUUCGAUGUGCCCGCUUCACCUGAAGGAGCCCCAGUCCCUCCUGGAGAGGUGCCUCCACCUGUGGCUCCACCCGUGCCUCCUCCGUUUCCACCUGUUGCGGUCUCGAUUCCUGAUUACGGGGACGUGACUGCCAUAAGCAGGGGUAUGAAAUGUGCAGCUGAAGCGUUCAAAGACGCUGCUCAAGUGCUCUGGGAUCUUAUGCAUAGUAAGAAGAAGGACCACAAAGCCAUCGAGAAGCAGAAAAAGAAGGUCGAGGAGAAGAAGAAGAAGCUAAAGAAGGAAGAAAAGGAAGCCAAGAAAGAGGAGAAGAAGAGAAAGGAGCAGGAGAAAAAGGAGCAAGAAAAGAAGAAAAAGGAGCAAAAGAAGCACGACAAGGAGCAAAAGGAACAAGAGGAAAAGAAGGCCAAAGAAGACAAGAAAAAGUCCCACUCAACAACAACCACAAGGUCCUCAACCACCUCUACAAGCACCACUUCUUCAACAACAAAGACCAAAGCACCAGAACCUACCGUACAUCACAAACAACACGACGCCGAAAUAAUCUUCCACGGAAAGCACUCUCACAAAUUCGAAUUGUACGGCAAAGACUGGGCACGCGGAAAACACGACGCCGAAAAACUGCACAACAACAUGGAGUCUUGCGGUAUGAAGAUCAAAGACUGGGAGUUCUUGUACGCAGCCGACAAACCAGAGAUCAAGACCUCGGACUGGAGUUUCUACGCAAAGGGAGAACUUCUUCGCAAGACUGCUGAGGAUGUGAGAUGUCUGAACAAAGUCAUCGAAAAGGCCGAUGGACCUGCAAACCUCAUCAGCGAGACUGAAGGGGUGGACAAGGCAGAAAAAUCCGACAAGACAGACACCGACAACGCAGAAGCAGCAGCUCAGAUUACAUUCACCGAUAAACACCACUUCACCUUCUAUGGCAAAGGCUUUGCCAAAGACAAAGAUGCUGGCGAACAGAUGAAGGAGAAGUUUGCAAAGUGCUCCAAGGUCGAGGAUUGGAUAUUCUACACGCAGAAAAAGGAUCAUGACAUGCAGCUCAAGAAACAAGGCUGGGACUUUUACGCUGAAGGCAAGGUCAAGAAGAUCAAGAGAAAGUGUCUCAACGAGGUUAUUCAGGGUAUGGGUGGUCCCAUGGAGGCUAUUGCGGAGGAUGCUGUUUAA